AGAGCGGAGCCCAGAGUGGGAAUGAGAGUGAGCUCUACGCGCAGGAGCGUCGGACCUGCUGAGAGGAGCCGAUGACGCGAACAACUGCUCCUAAAGUGUAAAAAGGAGAGAAAAGAUCGCGACCUUGAGGAGGGAACAGCAUUUAAAGUGAGCUUAUCAAAGCAGCCCGGAGGAUUGGAUAAGUGGACACGAGGCGCAAUCGGGACCGCGGCAGAUGUCACGUUAACGUGUCACCGAUGAAGAAGCAUUAAAUUGCAGGGAUGUAAAGGAAACGAUGACAACAACAACAACAACAAUCUCACAGUGAAGACAAACUUCCGAGUGAACAGGAAUGGCUUGAUUUCCCACCCGGACAGAGCAGUGGGACGGUGCUGUCAGAGGCACCCAUGUUUCUGGGGAGGAGAAAGAAAGUUUGCUGCGCUUCGGUUGAUUACAAGUCUACUUUAUUUGAGACGUUGAUGCUGUGACAGUUUAUUUUUUCGCGGCAGUGCGUCUGUUUUGGCUCAUAACCGUCCACGAUGUCCAAACCCGCACUCAAGAAGAACCACUGGACCUCCCGAAUCAACGAGUGCGCCGUGUUUAAAGAUGCCCGUGGGGACCUGAAUGUGCCGCUGCGCGGCGGCGCGGAGAACGGGGAGUUCGCCUACAUCGGCCAAGUGAACGAGGAUGUGGUGUUUUACAAAAGUGGGAAACUAAGCGAAGGGGAGGUUCUGCUCGAGGUGGAGAACCUCUCCAUCUCAGGAUUACCCCUCUACGACGUCCAGACCGUCGUCCGGAACUGCAAAGGUUCCGUACGGUUGAAAACUGUCAGGCAAGGAAGCAAGCUGAACAAGGACCUGAAGCACUAUCUCAGCCAGCGCUUCCAGAAAUCGUCGCCUGACCACGAGCUGCAGCAGAUCAUCCGAGACAACCUCUACCGUCACGCCGUGCCUUGUACAACCCGCGCUCCACGUGAAGGAGAAGUCCCUGGCGUGGACUACAACUUCCUUUCAGUGGAAGACUUCCUGAAAUUAGAGAAGAGUGGGACACUUUUAGAAAUAGGAUCUUAUGAAGGUAACUAUUAUGGGACGCCCAAGCCACCGGUGCAGCCCCCCGGUGGGAAAGUGAUUAGCAGUAGUGGUGACGGCGGUGAUGCCCCACUGCCAGACGGGCUCAGUGGUAGCCUGCCAGGCUCACAGCACUCCACUCCCAGACGCUCCAAGUCCUACAAUGACAUGCAAAAUGCUGGAAUAGGACCUGGAGAACAGCAGCAGCAGGAGGACGACGAGGACCUCCCUGACAUGAACAGUAGCUUUACCGGAGAUUCUAGCGAAUUAGACGAGAUUCAUACAUCGGUGCGCCCCUUCGCCCCCCACCAGAGUGACCCGCCCUUUCCUGGGACCAGCCCCUUACCACCGGUCACCACGGAGAGCACACAGCAGACACACCCUCACCUGAGCCAUCCUCCCCCAGAGGACCCGCUGGGACCUCUGCCCGACAACUGGGAGAUGGCCUACACCGAGAAUGGAGAGGUCUAUUUUAUAGACCACAACACAAAGACCACCUCUUGGAUAGACCCUCGGUGCCUGGACAAGCCACAGAAGCCCUUGGAAGAAUGUGAAGAUGAUGAAGGGGUACACACAGAGGAGCUGGACAAUGACCUAGAACUUCCACCAGGAUGGGAGAAAAUAGACGAUCCAGUGUACGGGGUCUACUACGUUGAUCAUAUCAACAGGAAGACCCAGUAUGAGAACCCGAUGCUGGAGGUUAAGAGGCGCAGGCAGCUACUAGAGCAGCAGCAGCCUCAGCCCCAGAGCCAGCAGCCACCUGAAGGUGAGCGCUACAUCAGAGAAUGGAUCGAGGACUCCACGCUGGCGGGGGCCCCGUUGGCAAGCUAUGCCGCCAACCACCAGGAGACCUACAGGGACCCUCCGACAGGACCCCCAGUGCCCAAUGCAAUGGGACAGAAAAGGAAGCCUUUCUUUACCCGCAACCGGUCCGAGCUAAAGGGCACCUUCAUUAACACCAAGCUGAAGAAGAGUCGUCGGGGCUUCGGAUUCACGGUCGUCGGCGGCGACGAGCCGGAUGAGUUCCUGCAGAUAAAGAGCCUCGUCCUAGACGGACCUGCGGCUCUCGAUGGCAAAAUGGAGACAGGUGAUGUGAUCGUGAGCGUCAACGAUACAUGUGUGCUUGGCUAUACCCACGCCCAAGUUGUGAAGAUCUUCCAGUCCAUUCCAAUCGGCUCCAUGGUGAACUUGGAGCUGUGCCGUGGCUAUCCACUGCCCUUUGACCCCGACGACCCCAACACAAGCCUGGUUACCUCAGUGGCCAUUCUCGACAACAAAGAUCCAAUCAUCGUCAACGGCCAGGAGGUCCCCAACAACUACAAUUCGCCAUCCAGCCACAGCAGUCAGAACAACAACGCCUCCACCAACGGAGGGGCCCCCCUCAACGGCCUCCCAAGACCCCACAGCCCCUCCGCUGAAGUCUCCUCUGACACCUCCUCCCAGCUCAGCUACCCCAGUGACGUGGUCACCCUGGCCUCGUCCAUCGCCACGCAACCGGAGCUCAUCACUGUACACAUGGAGAAAGGCGACAAAGGCUUCGGCUUCACCAUCGCCGACAGCCCCGGAGGCGGAGGGCAGCGGGUGAAGCAGAUUGUGGACUACCCCCGCUGCCGUGGCCUCAAGGAGGGUGACAUCAUCGUGGAGGUGAACAAGAGAAACGUCCAGAGCAUGUCGCACAACCAAGUGGUCGACCUGCUCAGCAAGUGCCCCAAAGGCAGCGAGGUCACCAUGCUCGUGCAGAGAGGGGUGGCACCUGCUAAGAAGAGCCCCAAGCUGAAUGAUUAUGACCUGCCGCCUCCAUAUACAAGUCACAGUAGGAUGCAGUUGUCCAGGAAGGACAGUCAGAACAGCUCCCAGCACAGCGUUUCCAGCCACCGGAGCGCCCACACGGACUCGCCCGUGCACACGUCGCUGGCGGCCCCCCUCAGCGAGAGCGCUGCUCCCCCGCCUCCCUCUCAGCCCCUGCCGGGCCUUCCCCAGGACGCCCUCGCGGACGGGACCAUUCAGAGAAAGCCGGACCCCUUUAAGAUUUGGGCCCAGUCCAGGAGCAUGUAUGAAAGUAGGCUUCCAGACUUCCAGGAGCAAGACAUCUUCCUGUGGAGGAAGGACACAGGGUUCGGCUUCAGGAUCCUCGGAGGCAACGAGCCAGGAGAGCCGAUCUACAUUGGCCACAUAGUGAAGUACGGCGCCGCCGAUGAGGACGGGCGCCUGCGCUCGGGCGACGAGCUCAUAUGCGUGGACGGGACAGCGGUGGUGGGCAAGUCCCACCAGCUGGUGGUGCAGCUGAUGCAGCAGGCGGCCAAGCAGGGUCACGUCAACCUCACCGUGCGGCGCAAGACCAGCUACGCCGUCAAAGCAGAGGGUGACGUUCCUCCGUCCCCCGCCUCCUCCCACCACAGCAGCACCCAGGCGCCGAGCCUGACCGAGGACAUCGGGAAGCGCACCCCGCAGGGCAGCCAGAACUCCCUCAACACGGUGAGCUCCGGCAGCGGCUCCACCUCCGGCAUCGGCAGCGGGGGAGGAGGCGGCACGGGGGGAGGCGCCAACGCCGUGGUCCCCGCCGCCGCCGCCGUCACCGCCUCCUCGCAGCCGCCCGGCGCCGCCUCCGCCGCCCCUUCCUCCGCCCUGCAGCCCUACGACGUGGAGAUCCGCCGGGGCGAGAACGAAGGCUUCGGCUUCGUCAUCGUCUCGUCCGUGUCGCGGCCUGAGACCGGCACCACCUUCGCUGGCAAUGCAUGUGUGGCCAUGCCCCACAAAAUAGGGCGCAUCAUCGAGGGGAGCCCGGCCGACCGCUGCGGGAAGCUGAAGGUCGGCGACCGCAUCCUGGCUGUUAACGGCUGCUCCAUCACCAACAAGUCGCACUCGGACAUCGUCAACCUCAUCAAGGAGGCGGGGAACACGGUCACACUGCGCAUCAUACCUGGAGACGAGUCCUCAAAUGCGUCCUUGCUGACCAACGCGGAGAAGAUCGCCACUAUCACCACCACCCACACGCCUCUGCAACAGGCUGCACCUGAAGCCAGGAACAACACCAAACCAAAACAGGAGUCGUACGAGUUCAAAGCGCCGCCGGUCCUGCAGCCUCAGCCCCCGACGCAAGUCUCCGCUCAGGAUUCAGAGUUCUACUCCGUGGACCUGGAGCGAGACAACAAAGGCUUCGGCUUCAGCCUAAGAGGAGGCAGAGAAUACAACAUGGACCUGUAUGUGCUGAGGCUAGCCGAGGACGGCGCCGCCGUGCGCAAUGGCAAAAUGAGGGUCGGCGACGAAAUCCUGGAGAUCAACGGCGAGAGCACCAAGGGCAUGAAGCACGCGCGGGCCAUCGAGCUCAUCAAGAGCGGGGGCCGACGCGUCAAUCUGGUGCUCAAGCGGGGCGAUGGCUCAGUGCCUGAAUAUGACGUCAACGACAGCAGCACAGCCGACCCAGCCUCAGGGUUACAAAACGCUGCGGAAGUGAGCGUCCUCUCCUCAGCCAACGCGCCGUCCGACUCCGCGGCCCCAUCGGAGCCUCACCACUCAUCCCGAAGCAAGACGGAGGCGGACCACAAAUCAAGCAGUACUGGCACCAAGCACCGCCACUCCAACCACCGCCACCGCUCCCCCCACAAGAAAACCAGUACGGGCCAGCACAGGGCGAAGAAGGGAACCGGGAAGGAUGAGAAGAAAAGCGACGGCCAUCACCACCACUCCAGCGGGCACCACCGCAGCCGCCACCGGUCCCCGGACAGGAAGCCGGCCCGCUCGCGCAGUGCCGAGAACACCCUGGAUGCGCAGCGCCACGGGGGGCACCGGCACGGCCGCUCCCCCGAGAGACGGCACCACCACCACUCCUCCCACCACCGCCACCACUCGCCUCGGCGCCACCGCUCCCCCCAGCGCUCUCGGCACCACUCCCCGACUAGACGCCACCAGCCCUCCUCCAACCCCUACCGGUACGCGUCCCCGACGAGGCGCGGCCGCGGCCACAGCGGGCUGAAGAGGGACGAGCCUGCCGCCAAGGCGCCGAGCACCCCUGAACCCAGCUUCUCGUUCGAGGACAGCGUCCUCCGCGAGCCCCCAGCCCUCGACCGCCUGAACAGGGAGGCCACGCUCCAGCCGCUGCCGAAGGAGGACCGCCUGUUUGGGGAGGACAGCCUGCUGAUGAGAGCCUACUCCAGGGACAAUGCCUACAAGGAGGACAGCCUGUUACGAGGCAUGGUGUCCCGGGGCAAGAGAAGUGGCUCCAGGGAACACCUCCUGCCUCGAGUGCGAACCCCCGACUCGGAUUCCGCCUUCAUGAAGUACAGCUCGCUGCUGAGGGGCCGCUCAGCCGAGAGGCUGGAGAGGAUCGGGCGCUACGCCAGCCGAGGGAGUUCCCCCGAGUCGCAGUACCGAGCCCGCAGCCUUGGACGAGACAUCUCCCCGAUCAGGAACUCCAGGCAGGAUGACUCAGAGGAUGAGGAGGAUGAUGAUAAUUUUGUAGCGGCAAAGGUCAGAGAGCACUACAGCGCCCUCAAGACCAACAACACGAGGCAGUCAUCCAACGCUGUGCUCCCUGAGCCCAAGAAGACCUACAAGGACAACCCCAAAGACCUGAGCAUCUGAGAGGAUGGCUGUCGGCCAGUGACACCUACAAAUACUCACUCCUGUCACCAUAUGGUUCUUCAGAAAUACACCCAGCUGUGACCACACACAUUCACUAACCACUCACACAUAUACACAGUGGUGUAACAAUGGAGCGUUACUAACAGGACAGAGAUUCCAAAAUUACUUUUGAAAGCAGUUUUUUUUCGUAUGAUUAUUUCCUUCUUGUUUUGGGUUAAACAUUCUGCAUUUACAGUAACUCCGACUUUUCCAGAAAAUGUAAAACCAUAAAAAAACGAUGAUGUGCCUAACAGUUCCAUUAACGAUCAACCUUUUAGGUUUUUCUUUGUUUUUUGUUUGUUUUUUUGGUUAAUACAUGGCAAGAAUUUUCUGCCAUGCUGUCAGAUGAUGAAAUUGAUCUACUUUUCCACAAGGAUCCCAUGAAAGAACUGAGCACUUGGUCAAUGUACCCGGUGCUCACAAUGAUGCUGUGCAUGUCUUUUCCGGUUUCAAUGUCUCUCUCUCUCUCUCUCUCUCUCUCUCUCUCUCUCUCUCUCUCUCACUCUCACACUUUCACUCUCUGUUUCUCUCUCUCUCUCUCACGCUUUCACUCUCUGUUUCUCUCUCCCUGACUCUCUCUCUCUCUCUUUCUCUCUCUCUCUCUCAUCCUCAUUCUCUCUCUUUCUCCCCAGUGCCACUGUUUUUUAGACAUUCGACCAGACUAUAGCACAAGCCUGCAUUUGUUUGUAUAUUUUUGACAGUUUGCAGUAUGUGUACAUUUCAGAGGUGACCAUUUUAAAUGAAUAAAGGGGAAAUAAAGUUAACCUAUGACGAUGAUGUUAAAAUAAAAUAAUAUAUUCAGCAAAUGAA